AUGGCAGACUCACCAGACAUGUCGCCUCUCUCAUCCCACGGCUCUAGUGAAUUCGGCGACGAGGUCAAAGUCGAGGACCGAGAGCAGAGCACCGAUACUCUUCCUUCCCAUGAUACACACCUCGUUCCACCAGCCAAGAGACGCCGUACUGGCCAGUACUCACAUCAGUCAACCCCAGCUCCUCUCCAUGAGAUCCCAGAAGAUCUAGGGGACAUCUCAUCCGACACCUCAGGAAGCGUACCCGUAUCCCCAAUGGGCGACAAAGUCAUGGGCUUUCCGGAAGAUGAGCCAUACGCUUCGGUACCCUCGGAGCAGGUCACGACGUGCAAAUGGCAGGAUUGUCAGGCGGGUGAUUUAGGCAAUAUGGACAACUUGGUGCAGCACUUACAUGAUGAUCAUAUUGGCAAGAACAAGAAAAAGUAUGCGUGUGAGUGGGAUGGUUGCAAUCGAAACAGUGCUCAGGCCAGUGGGUAUGCCCUCAAAGCUCAUAUGCGGAGUCAUACCAAGGAGAAGCCGUUUUACUGCCAAUUGCCAGAAUGCGACAAAGCCUUUACACGCUCUGAUGCUCUAGCUAAGCAUAUGAGGACUGUACAUGAGACCGAAGCACUACGGCCAUCCGAUCCAGUACCUAAGAACUACUCGUCAAUACCGCCUAAGCCGCAAAGACUAAAACUCAUCGUAAACUCAAAACCACGCGACGAAGGUAACGGAGAUACUGAGAUUGACGACGACGCAACCAUCUACAGCAAUACAGAUGCAGAAAAUGAAGGUCUAUCUGCAGCACCCUUUGAAUACCCAGCAGAUGUUCAAUUCACUGAAGAAGAAUUGGAAAUGCCUUCAGAGCGGCUGUUCAAACUCCUACGGCGGCAGAUUCAUUGGUCCGAGGAGGAUGGGUCUGAUUUGCAAGACGAAAUACGAUCACUGGAAGCCAAAAGGAAGCAGGAGUGGAUAGCUAAAGAGUUGGUGCUUGCGAACGUUAUGGAGGCUGAGAUUGCGACGGCACAUGACAAAGGGGAGCAUCCUGAGACUGUUCAGAAGCUGGCAGAGGAUCUGCCGUUGCCUAUGCUGCCCAUUUUGGGACCUUUGCCGUGGUAUCGAUAUGCUGCAGGUCCACCGGAAAUGCCACCAGAGAUGAGAUCGGCUUGA